AUGGAAGAGACGACAUGGGAACAGAGACUACAAGCCGUGACUCACAUCCUCACAAACCCAACAACAAAUCCAUCUCUUCACUCUCAGUUCUUGAUCGGAACCUUAAUCCCAUGUUACAUCUCGUGGGACUACCCACCGAUCCUCUGUCACUCUUCGCGGACGCAUCUCCGUCAAUGGUGGGUCUCUCAAUUCCUCAAAAGGGCACCGAGAUUCGGACUUGCUGACACCUCGUGGAGAUCGAACUGCCCGUAUUACCAGCCGCCGGCGGCGAUUAUGGCAGCCGGAGUGGAGGAAGGAAAAUGGGGAAGUGAGGAGAGGAGAGAGUACGCGAGGAAGAGGCUGAGGAGGAAGAGAUUGGUCAGCGAAGUGAAUCCUUUUAUUCCUCUGUUAGUUCCAAAUCUGCUUCUCUUUACUCUCUUGUUAUGGGAUCCUCUUCCUGAGUAA